AUGGCUCCUCGCUCUCUCUCUUGGAUUAGCGUCUCUCUGCUCGUCUUGUUGGCGUCAGCGGCCGACCCAACCUAUGGGUUCACGUCGGUGAGGCUCGAGGAGAGCAACUUUGUGCUGCAGCGCCCCUACGACGAGGCGAGCGGCGCACGCUACAGCUUCGACGGCACCGUGCGGAAGCUCUGGGUGCUCGCCUCCGACAAGCCCCAUGCCCGCCAGAGCCAUACCAGCCCAAGAACUGAGAUCAGGAUGGCAGGCUACGACUACAGCUCCGGCGUGUGGCAGUUCGAGGGUUACGGGUACGUCCCCUCCGGCACCACGGGGGUGUCUAUUAUGCAGGUGUUCGGCGCCGGCGAGACGGCCACCACGCUCAUGCUGCAUGUUUACAAUGGCGCGCUGCGGUACUACGACCGACAGCUCGUCGAGGAUGCCAUCUAUGACAGAUGGUUCCGGCUGAACGUGGUCCACGACGUCGAGGCGUCGACGCUCACCGUGUACAUCGACGGCCAGCAGAAGCUGCAUGUCCAGGGCCGCGGCGGGGACUCACACUACUUCAAGUUUGGCGUGUACGCACAGAACCACGACUCCAGCUGCAUGGAGUCUCGCUGGAAGGACGUCAGGAUCUUCAAGAAGCAUUAGAAUUAUUUGUGCAUAUAUAUGUAUGUUGAUGGAGUUACUAUGUUUGUAUUGUUUAUUUUGUUGGUUGGUUCUUUGCCUCCUCACAGCUUCUACUCUAUUUGUUGGUUGGUUCGAUCUUUAAUUCCAUAAAUAUUGAGUGUUCUCUACACUACUGUAGGAUUCCCAAAUCUACAAUUUUGUUUCAGUGAUGUAUUGUUAGCAUCUUGAUGUGAUAAUUUAUUCUUUAUUUGGUUA